AUGAGACUCCUGGUGGUGUUGGUAGCCUACUUGGAUUUGUGCUCUGCGAAUGUCCGGCAGCAGUGGCCGCAGCCGCCCCUGAGGCGAACUCGCCACCACUGCAAUGCAUGUGUCCUUGACGAGACACCCCGUGAGACUUGCGACUUUCAGCUGGAGAGGACAUGCACAGAGAAGGCAGGCUGCCUUCGACCGGAUGUUCGUUGCCUUGAAGCGCCCCUUGGUGACGAUCACAUGAGGUGUUGCUGUCUCCCGGAGAACGGGGUCACAAGCACUAGCCUGUGCAGUGUGGUGGAUUUCUUCCACAUGCCAUUCCGGUUUAAUCAUUGCAUCUUGAAGUGUUGUGAGCAUCACAACUGUGGGAAUGGCUGCGCAGCAAAGGAGGAAGGAUGUGGCGACGCCUUGUCUCCCUUUGAAGGUCCUUGCCGCAUUGUGGCCAAUGCCACGGCGGCACAGCAAACCGAUGCAAACUGCUGCCUGUGGAGCAAGGGUGUCAGCUGCACCUCAAGCCAGCAAGAGCCGUGCUGCCUGGAAGCAGCUGUGCAUCCUGGGCAGGUGUGUCAGCCCACCCAAGCCGCCUGCAUGAUCAAGCCAAGCCCAUUGCCUGCAAGCGGUUCUGGGCUUUUGCUGCCAGUAUGUAUGGUGGUUGUCCUGGUGCUGGUUGGUCUUGUGGCAGCUGUGGUGAUGCCUUGUUCAAGGCGGCAGCCUGGCCAUGCAGGCAGAGAGCGCCUCUUGCGCGAAGCAGGCCCGGCAGUCUCGCUGGUGGAGGUUCCAGCUGCAUCGAAGCGAUGUGUGGUCGUAAUUUCUUGCGGUAAAUUCACCGGGGGCAGUCCAAGCCUGGAUGCCAUCGAUUCGGCUCAUGACCAGGGAUCGCGGGUGUGCAAACUCUUCCAGGACGAACUUGGUUUUGAUGUGGUGCAGCAUGAGCAAGAUGUGCCGACAACUGCUGCCUUCUGGCAGAUGGUGGCGAGACUGUUGCGAGAUUUGGACGGAGAGCCACACGUGCUGCUGGUUCUGUACUUCAUCACCCAUGGAGUGGAACACGACUGCAACUUGCGCAUGGCCAUGAGCGCUGCGGCACCCCUCGUGCUGGAUGACGAGUGGUACCUCACCAAGGUUGACCUGCAGCAUCGGUUCCAGACAAUUGACAACAGCUCCGAAGCACAACGUCUCCACAACUGCAAGCCACUGGCGUAUAUGAAUCUUGUCAUCUUUGCGGACACCUGUCGCAGCCCGCCGCCGCAAGAAGCAAGGACUGCCAGUGGUGGGAUCCCGCACUGGCCCAAGGCGUGCCAUCUCCAAAAACGAGACAAGCCUGCACGUAUCUGCUUCGUGCAUGCGUGCGAGUAUCAUCGCCCUGCUUUGGGACAUUUCACGGAGGCCUUCCUCCAAUUGGCCCGGGUACCCCAAAGCCUUGACACUUUGAUCGACUCCAUGAGGGAAGAGCUCGAAAAAAGCACGGGUUCAGGGCGGCAGCAGCGCGUUUGCUGCGACUCCGGCAGUCUGAACCUCAAAGACGUCUACCUGCAUCCCGCUUCUGGCUUGCCUUCAAGUUCCAGCACAAUCCUGGGACCGACCGGCUCAGAGGGACCCAUCUCUGAAGUAUCGGCAUGCUCGUAG